CUAAACUAUGUACCCAGUUCAUUACAAAUAAGUAAUGAUGGAUUAUUAGUAAUCAUUUCAAAGUGACACAGAGACAUUGGAUUAACCUUCAGCAGCGUAUUUAUGCUCUUGAACACAACUUUUGAUCACAAAACAGCGAAAGCUAUAACUUCGUGCACCCAAGGCUGGACUGAGACACAGCAGCUCCUCUCUGGCUGCGCGUCCAAUCAGCGGAAGCUCUGCAGAGGCUUUCUGCUGUAAUUGGAUGGAGAUGGGAGAGGAAUACGCAGCCUUGGCACAACGUAAACACAUGCUCUUCUUCUUCUCUGCGCAGAGGACGGGUAGAGCAGAUGGACUGAGCGAAACUACCGAGAGGACCGGACAGACUUUACAGUUAUUAUUUUAUUCAUUUAAAACGUUAAUAUCAGUUAGUCUGCUCCUCGUUUUGGCACGGGACAAGGUGUUUCCCAUCAGCUCCGUGGAUUACGCACGGAGGAGCUUCCCGGGACAGAGAAAAGUUUUGAAGUUUUGUUGAACCGGAAUGCUGCACAAUCUCACCAAUAUCACCUCUAUGGAGUGACUUCCUGCUUUCUUUAAGACUGCAUUUAUUUAUGGAUUAGAAUACACUUUACCAAAGGAGAGAAAGAGAGAUAUCUGAAGAUUUAUGCAUUGGGGGAUGGCAACAGCCACCUCCAGUCCUUACCUAGCCAGCAGCAGGAUUUUGUCCGGCCCGGUCCUUCACUCUGAUCGGAGGGUCGGUGGCAUGCAGCCGGGCAGCACCGCUGUGACUACGGUGUCUAGUGGAUACAGAGGGGACCCUUCUGUCAAGAUGGUACAGAGUGAUUUCAUGCAGGGUGCCAUGGUGGCGAGCAAUGGGGGGCACAUGCUGAGCCACCAGUGGGUGACAUCGUUGCCUCACGCAGCAGCCGCAGCAGCCGCAGCCGCGGUGGCAGCAGCAGAGGCCGGCUCUCCGUGGUCCCCCAGCUCCCAGUCGCAGGACGUGAAGAGAGGCAGGGAGGACCUCCACACAGGCACUGCUCUGCACCACAGACCCCCACAUCUGGGGACGCAUCAGGCUCACCAGGGAAGUUGGGGAGGCUCUUCUGCGGCGCACAUCAGCAUCACCGAGGGGCAACAGCAGCAGCAACAGUCGCUCAUUUACUCCCAGCCUGGGUUCACAGUCAACGGGAUGCUCAGCGCGCACGCAGGGCAGAGCCUUAUGCACCAUGGGGUGUUGCGAGGGGAGUCCCCGGAACUGGACCACGGAAACCACCAUCACCACCAGCAUCAUCACCACAACAACCACCACACGCACCACAGCCAGCACCACGGGGUGAACCACGAGCCGCACUCUGACGAGGACACGCCGACGUCUGAUGACUUGGAGCAUUUUGCAAAACAGUUCAAGCAGCGGCGGAUCAAGCUGGGCUUCACUCAGGCAGACGUGGGUCUAGCUUUGGGCACCCUGUACGGCAACGUGUUCUCACAGACCACCAUAUGCAGGUUUGAGGCGCUCCAGCUGAGCUUUAAAAACAUGUGCAAGCUGAAGCCUCUGCUGAACAAGUGGCUGGAAGAGGCCGACUCCACCACUGGGAGCCCAACCUGCAUCGAUAAGAUCGCCACGCAGGGCAGGAAGAGGAAAAAGCGCACUUCCAUCGAGGUGAGCGUAAAAGGCGCGUUGGAGAGCCACUUCCUCAAGUGUCCCAAGCCUUCCGCUCAGGAGAUCAACUCUCUGGCAGACUCGCUGCAGCUGGAGAAGGAGGUGGUCAGGGUCUGGUUCUGCAACCGCCGGCAGAAAGAGAAGCGAAUGACGCCGCCAGGACUGCCUCGCACUCCGGAGGACGCGUACUCGCAAGUGGGCAGCAUGGGACCGGACACACCGUCACCCUCCUUAGACUGCAAGAGGAUGUACAGCGACACGUGAAAAUAACUUACCGGACAAUACAUCUGAACUUCUUUUUAGAUAAUACUCCCCAUGUUUCCCCAUUUAAUAGCAUUAUUCAUAACAUGUUCUUACAUCUCCCCAUGGUCUAUGGUCCUCAAUGAUGUUGUUUCCAAUGUGAACUCAUUUGAGAGCAUGGACACUUUUAUGCAUCCUUUGGUAUUUUCCUGCACUAUGAAUCAGCCUUUGGGACAGAAAAUGAAAAAAGUCUGAAUAGAUCAUCAUUUAAAGAAGUGAUCUUGGUAAUGUUCAAAUAAAAGUUCCCCUUUAAUGCUGCAGAGUUUGAUGUCCCACUGGCUAAACAGGGUUAAAGCCUGUGUUUCUUUUAUAUGAAAGACAUUGAUUUAAUGCAAUUCAGCAUUAAGUUGUUUUUAAUGAGCAAUAAUUUAUCUUCCUUCAAACGUGUUUCUAACUUUUGUGUUGUGUGUCAGUGGAUUUGUGUUGUGACACAGUUGGUGAUCAAAGAGCGAUUCAAAGUAAUACCAGUAUUGUGUUUUUUCAUUCAUAUGAAACUCCUUUUUUUCCAAACUAGCAAACAUUCCCUUACGUUUAUGUACGAGUAAGUCUGCUGUGUAUUCUCUGAUAAUGAUUUGGACUAUUUAUUUUUUUUCCACUGUGUCUAUUUUCAUGGAAUAGACAAAUUAUUUAAUAAAUUUGACUGAAGGAAAUAAUUGUGUUGAGAUACCUUAGACACACAAACACCCAUAAACAUGUAGCCUGCUGCUUUUCAGUGAGAUCAAACAACCCAAAAAAGUUUUUGGUGACAAAAUGUCCAGUCUGCGUUGAGAAGUUAAACAGUGUAUAAAAUGAUAGUAUUCUGCUUUAGCUUUCCUCUUAGUUGCUUUUUGAGCGGCAAUGACCAGUCAAUUAAAUAAAAUGAAGAUCCAAUAGUAAA